AUGGAAGGAACAGUUGGUUCUGAACAAUGGCUUAGCAUUGAUACUUCAUCAAUUGAUGAACAUUUACCUACAGUAGAAAUUUAUAAACAACGUUUUAAUGGAAUUUUGUUUGAAGAACUUCCAAUAGUCUAUAUUAAAGUGUCAAGAAAUAAUACAAUAAUUGAGGGUCGAGAUUAUAAGUUCAACUCGAUUAUGUACACGUCUUGUCGAUUAGAGGGAUUCAUAAAUGCACGUAAAAAGACUUCUAUAGCUGGUACUACGACAGGCUAUGGAGCUGGGCAAAAAUUGUUACGACGAGGAGUUCGCACUGUUCGAGUUAGGGUACGGGGUUUGGGACCAGGAAGGAUGACAUCAGUUAAAGGUCUGACAAUGGCUGGUAUCGAAGUUGUAUCUAUUACCGAUUUUACAUGUUUGCCUGAAUUAGGACCACGUCCAAGAAAAGCUCGCCGUCUUUGA